UGGAUAUAAUAAAUUUGUUGUUAGAUCAAAAUAUAAUAACUUGACAUAAAGCUUAGAGAAAUAUAACGAUGUCCAUCCAAAAGAAGUCUAUUAAGUCUAAGCAGUUGAAAGUGGAACUGAAUAAGGAAUUUAUAUUCCUACAAAAUGUCUUUUCUGUUUUGUCCAUACCGCAGCAAACAAAAGAUGAGUUUGACGAUGAUGACAUUGAAAUAACCAAUGGCGAGGCUAACGAAGAGGGGAAGAAGCUGCCGAAACGGGUGACGACUAUUGCAGAGUUAGAAGAAAGACUUGAGAAAAUCAAGUCACAAAACAACUUCCACUUGAAAACCAAACUGGCUAAGAAAAGUCUUGCAAGCAAGUUGAACAAAAAAAUCAAGAAGAGAGACAGGAUAAAUAAAACUAAAGUAAAGCCAUCUGUAGACAAACCUAUAUUACCGAAGAAAGAACACAAAAUGGAAAAUGAUGUUGCACCAAAACCAAUUUUUAAUAAUGAUGGAAAACUUGUCUUUUCCAAGUUUGAUUUUGCAAACACUGGACAUAAAGACAGGCUAAACAAGGGUGAGAAAGAUCCUAAAAAAAUCUUAGAAAAUCUCAAGCAACAAGAAGAAAAGUUCAGGCAACUAGAAGAAAGUGAAGAAAAGUCUAAAGUGAAGGAAUUGAAAGAAAAAAUUGCAUGGAAAAAUAUGUUGCAAAAAGCUGAAGGCCGAAAAAUUAAGGAUGACCCCAACCUGCUAAAGAAAUCAAUUCAAAAAAGAGAACAAAAGAAGAAGCACAGUAAAAAGCAGUGGGACAACAGGAUUCAAAAUGUUAAAGAGGCCAAAGACGCUAGACAAGCUAAACGGACCGAAAACAUUGCCAACAAAAAGAAAGAAAAGAACUCUAAAAAGAUAAAACAGGCUGUUAAGAGAGGGCGUGUUGUAAUAUAAGAAUAACUAUAAGUAAAUACAAGGUUUGAUAAAA